UUCAUUAUUUUGUGUAUAUAUAUAUAUAUAUAAGAAACUACCCUUCAGAAUUUCUCAUCAAAAUACAAACCAAAGAUAUACUUCAUCACACUUCUUUCAAUAUGGCACAUUUCAGCGGUUCUUCUCCACCGGUAACUUAUCCCGUUUCAAUUAUAAGCCCCCAUUUCUGUGCUCAUAAUUAUCCCAUCGAUCUUGCAAUCGUGAGAAAGGUUAUGACCAUAACCGAUGGCAACUUUGUUGUGCAAGACAUCAAUGGCAACAUCCUUUUUAAAGUCAAAGGCGCCUUGUUGAGCAUCCAUGAUCGCCGUGUUUUAAUCGACGCCGCUGGGAAUCCCAUUGUCACUUUAAGACGCAAGGCAGUGUCAGCUCACGACAGAUGGCAAGUCUUCAGGGGAGAGAGUACAGAGUCCGGUGAUUUAAUCUUUACAGUUAAAAGAUCCUCGAUGUUCCAAUUGAAGACCAAGUUAGAUGUGUUCUUAGCAAACAAUACAAAGGAGAAUGUUUGCGAUUUCAAGGUCAAAGGAAGUUGGCUAGAACGAUCUUGUGUUAUUUAUGCUGGAGACUCUUCCACAAUUGUUGCCCAGAUGCAUAAAAAGCACACGGCUCAAAGCAUUUUGAUCGGAAAGGACCAUUUCAUGGUGACAGUGAACCCGAACAUUGAUUAUGCAUUUAUCAUUUCCCUUAUCGUGAUUCUUGAUGCAAUUAACUCUGCAGCAGCUGCUGCAGCUGGAGCAUCUGGUGCAGCUGGUGGCGGUUGUUGAUCCCGCUCAAUUGUAUUUUUCUUUUUAUGUAGUUGAGCCAUUAUCUUAGUGUGGUAAAAUACAUUGUUUAUCUUUGUUAAUUUUAGUUUAUAAUAUUAAUAUUAG